AUGGUGUCCAAGGUUGACCGAGAGAUUGAAGACGCUGAGUCCGGGUCGGGGAGAGUGCUGAAGGAUCUAUUCGCUGGCGCCGUUGGUGGUGUAGCCCAGGUCCUCCUCGGCCAGCCCUUCGACAUUGUCAAAGUCCGGUUACAGACGUCGCAGCAAUACUCUGGCGCUCUCGAGGCGGCGACAAGCAUCUACAAGAACGAAGGCGCUCUUGCCUUCUACAAGGGCACACUGACACCACUGAUUGGUAUCGGAGCCUGUGUCUCUGUGCAAUUCGGCGGCUUCAACCUCGCACGGCGCUACCUGGAGGCCCAAAACACAGCCAGGACAGGCAACAGCGCCCUCUCCUACUCGCAAUACUACGCUUCGGGCGCGUUCGCCGGCGUCGCCAACACCGUCCUCUCCAGCCCCAUCGAGCACAUCCGCAUCCGGCUGCAGACGCAGCCCAGCGGCGCAGCGCGUCUGUACAACGGCCCCAUCGACUGCGUGCGCAAGCUGUCCGCACACCAGGGCGUGCUCGGCGGCGUGUACCGCGGCACCGCCGUGACCUUCCUGCGCGAAGCACAGGCCUACGGCGUGUGGUUCACUACCUUUGAGUACCUGAUGAACGCAGACGCGGCGCGCAACCACAUCAAGCGCGAGGAGAUUUCCACGCUCAAGGUCGCCGCGUACGGUGGUCUCGCGGGAGAGAUGCUGUGGAUCAGCAGCUACCCCUUGGAUGUCGUCAAGAGCAAGAUGCAGAGCGAUGGCUUCGGCGGGGACCAGAGGUACAGGAGCAUGCGCGACUGCUUCGCCAAGGUGUGGGCGCACGAGGGCGCCAGAGGCUUCUGGAAGGGAAUCGGUCCGACGCUCUUGAGGGCCAUGCCGGUCAGUGCCGGAACGUUUGCGACGGUCGAGCUCACCAUGCGGUUGAUCAGCUAG